AGUGUGUUUUAACUUCGUGUGUUGACUCGAUUCAUUUUAACUUUUAACUAUUAAUAAAAAAUUUGAUUCAAAAUAUUUUAGAAUUUAAUAUAAACGUAGUAGUAACUGUUACACUUCAUUUAAUGUUUUUAAAGAUUUAUAUUUAUAGUUGCAUAUAAAAUGUAAAAAGCUUUUGUGUACAUUUUUGAACUGCUCUCCUUUUAAAAUGGGUGUAAAAAAUCUAUGGUCGCUGUUAACACCAGUGGCAGAAAAAAUGCCACUUUGGGAGUUGGAUGGCAAGACAGUUGGCAUAGAUUUAAGUGGAUGGGUAUGCGACAGUGAAAAUUUAAAUCACAACAUAAGCCAAAAAAACAUGUACUUGAGGAACUUAUUUUUUCGUACUUGUACUUUGUUGUUAAUUGGCACCAUACCAAUAUUUGUUUUGGAUGGAGAACCACCACUUUUAAAAUAUGGUGCUAUAGAAAAACGUAUUAAUGGAAAUAAAGCACCAAUAAAGACUAAUAUUGUUCGUAAACGACUAAAUUCUUUACAAAAACAAAUUGUGGAUGGAAUUAUCACUCAAGAUAGCGAUUGUUUUUUGUAUGGGGCUAGUGUUGUAUAUAGAAAUUUUAAUGCAUCUGGAAACGGAUCUGUUGAUGUUUAUUGCAUGGAAUCAAUUGAAAAAGAUCUAAACAUUGGUCGCAACAAAAUGAUAGCUUUAUCAUUGCUAUGUGGUUGUGAUUAUGAUGAAAAAGGUGUUAUGGGUGUUGGAAAAGAUACUGCAAUUAAGUUCCUUCAAUCAUUAGAUGAUGAUGCUGUCCUUAAUCGUUUGAGACAGUGGAGAAAUGAUCCAGUUUUAAAUUCGGCUGCCAUGAAUAUUAAAUCACAGACUAAUGAAAUAAAGUUAGAGUUGAAAAUAAGGAAUAAAGCUAUUGAAAACAAAAGUUUUCCAUCUGAAUCAGUUAUUGAAGAAUUCUUAAAAGUACCUAAUUAUCCAGAAGUGUCUGCAAAAUGGAUUUUACCAGACAUUAAUUCUUUCAUUAAAUUUGCAUUGACCAAACUGUGUUGGGAAAGAGAGUAUGCAAUAGAUAAAUUUUUGCCAUUACUUACUAGAUGGCAUUUAAUGUAUGAUGAUAAUUUUCAAGCAAAUAUUUUAAUGACUGAAAUUGUUAAAAAACGUGUCAAUAAAGGAAUAAAAUGUUAUGAAAUAAAAUGGAAUAAUUAUGAAAUAACAUCCAUUGAACCUCAAACAGCUGUUAAAAGAAGAUAUCCAAAUGAAGUUUUAAUCUAUGAAAACAUGCAUAAUAUAUCUAGAAAAACAAAGAAAAAAAUAACAAUUCAUGAUGCUAAUAUAUCUGAUGUAACAAAUACAUUUUCUUCAAUGAACAUUUCUAAAAAACACGGAAAAACUAAAAAAAUAGAUGGAGCAAAAGAAAAUGUCWAAGGUCCUUUGGAUAAAUUUAUAAUGAAGGGCAAAGUUAUUGACGAUAGUUUGACAUUAUCUGACUUUGAAUGUGAUACUGCUGACUUGGAUAUGUCUGACAUAAUUAACAAAAUUAUAACUUAAAUUUUUACA